AAGCGGAAAAAGAAAGGGAAUAAGUCCGGAAAGAAGGAUAAAGGAAAGAGAAAAAUGACACCGAAAACAACAGAAACAAGAGAAAGCAAUUUCUUUCAGUACAAACAGAAGGUACCACUGAUAGUAUUUGGUAGUGGCAUGUUUGGGAAGGACCAUGCGAAGAUGAAAACGGUCCGGACUGGUGUCACUGGUCUUCUAUACAGAACGUUGAAAAGAAGAGAGAGGGCUGGUGACUUACUCGUUGUGGACAUUGAUGGAUAUUUGACGUCCCAAAUAUGUUCCGAAUGUGAAAGUAGAACUUUGGGUGGUACUAGUGGUGCCCACAGCAAUAGUGUUCUCGUUUGCAAGACGUGCAGAACAUUAUGGCAGCGUGACAUCAACGCUAGUUUGAAUAUGAUGAACAUUGCCAAGUCAAUUUGGAAGCGUGAAAGCUGUCCAGAACGAUUCAAGAAAAA